GGAUUUGCGGGUUUUCCUGGAGAUCCAGGUCGGCAAGGGUUGCCCGGACUGCCAGGUUUUCCUGGUAUGAAAGGUGAUCCGGGAAUAGGAAGGCCAGGCGCUACAGGUGUUCCCGGACCUAUUGGUCUAAAGGGUGACCUCGGAUUAACUGGAAGACCGGGACGACUUCCCAAACCGGGAGAGAACCUAACAAUGCCUGUCGGGCCGCCGGGUCUGACCGGAGACGUCGGACCGAAGGGAGACAUUGGUCUUCCGGGUUUGCCCGGAGCCCCGGGAAGGGAUGGACUGUCAGGCCUUAGGGGUGCUAAAGGGGAACGAGGAGAGGAUGGACUCUCAGGUCCUCCCGGAUUGAGAGGACCGCCGGGAUUGUCGGGUGACAAGGGUGUAAAGGGUCCGAUGGGUUUCCCCGGAGACUCAGGGUUCAAAGGAGAUUCGGGACUACCUGGAUUACCAGGACUACCAGGAAUAAAAGGUGACUCUGGGUUGCCUGGUAUUGGCCGUCCGGGUCAGCCGGGUUUACCUGGAUUUGCAGGAAUAAAAGGAGAACAGGGACUGUCCGGACCGACAGGACUUUCUGGUGAAAGAGGUUUACCGGGAAUUCUUGGUAUGAAAGGAGACGUCGGCUUUCCUGGUCUACCGGGUCUUCCCGGGCAUAAAGGAGACAAAGGCGAAAGGGCUGUCGAUGGCUAUCCCGGACCUGAAGGCCCUCCAGGAAAUCCAGGCCGUGACGGACCAAAAGGUCAAAUUGGAUACAAAGGUGAUAUCGGUCUCCCGGGUAUUCCAGGUUUACCGGGAAUAAAAGGCGAUGGUGGCAUUCCCGGCCUUCCAGGUCUGCCCGGUUUGGACGGCCCACAUGGUAAUCCUGGAUUUCCAGGAAACGAUGGCUUACCAGGAAUUCCGGGCACUAAAGGAAUAAAAGGAGACAGCAUUCCAGGCCUUCCGGGACCCCCAGGUUUUGACGGUCCCUCCGGAUUAGCCGGCCUUAAAGGCGACAGAGGUUUGAAUGGUUUGCCCGGACCCGAGGGAAAGCCCGGAUUAUUCGGAAUAAAAGGUGACCCAGGUCUUCCAGGACCUCCAGGCGUGCCAGGAGUGUCCGGUGAUAUAGGAUAUAGAGGAGAUAAGGGUGAUCUCGGAAUGCCGGGAUUCCCAGGACAACCGGGCCCACACGGAAGCUCAGGCUUAAGUGGUUUACCAGGAAUGAAAGGAGAGCCAGGAUUGCCAGGCCUUGGUUUGCCCGGACUUCAGGGAAGAAAGGGCGAUUCAGGAAUAGAUGGAUACCCCGGGUUACCCGGAUUGCCAGGAAUCAAAGGCGAUGGCGGUUUGCCAGGUCUUCCCGGAUAUAAAGGAGAUAAAGGUUUAUCAGGGAUUCCCGGACCGUCGGGUCUACCGGGCCUUCCCGGACCCAUUGGUCCGAAAGGGUUUGACGGAACCCCAGGUUUACCAGGAUUGAAGGGGGAUAUGGGAAUAUCUGGCAUUCCUGGUCUGCCAGGACUGAAGGGCGACAGAGGAACUGACGGACUAUCGGGUCUGCCCGGACUGGCAGGACAUAAAGGAGAUCCAGGAUUUCCAGGACAAACCGCUGAUAAGGGAAGUAAAGGAAUGUCAGGUUUUCCAGGACUUCCGGGUCUACCGGGUCUUAAGGGCGAUCGAGGGAACGGUGGUUUGCCGGGUCUGCCCGGACUUAAAGGCAAUUAUGGACCGCCAGGUUUUGAUGGACAGCCGGGUUUGAAUGGCCCCUCGGGUCCCAUAGGCGAUCCCGGACUCGAUGGACCUCCGGGUGAAAUAUGUGAAAAAGGACUGCCGGGUCUGCCGGGAGUGCCCGGACAGGACGGCAUUCCCGGUGUAUUGGGUCCAAAGGGUGAUUCAGGAAUGCCUGGUUUACCCGGUUUAAGGGGACCGCCCGGAGAUUCAACACUUCCCGGAGUUGCCGGUCCCAAAGGCGAACGGGGCCAUCCCGGCUCCUCCGGACUGCCCGGACGUAAUGGUGAGCCCGGAUAUAAAGGGGACGACGGACUCCCAGGGAUUCCCGGAAUCAAAGGUGAUCGAGGAUUUCCCGGACCUCCGAGUUCUGGCGAUGGAAUACCCGGACCGACCGGUUCUCCCGGUCUGCCGGGUUUGCCCGGAUUCAAAGGCGACAAAGGAAUCGCCGGUUAUCCCGGAUCGUCCGGUUUGCCCGGUCUUAAAGGUGAUCGGGGCUACGAUGGCAUUCCUGGCAUCUCUGGUCUUCCCGGAAUUAAAGGAGUGAUGGGAACAAAGGGUGAGAAGGGGUCCAUACCUUUGGAUAACAUUUAUAACGUCAAAGGAGAGAGAGGAGAUCCAGGACUUCAGGGACCAAGGGGUCUGCCCGGACCAUCAGGAUUGACAGGAAUGAAAGGAGAAUACGGCCGACCGGGACAGUCAGGUUUGCCGGGUCUGCCGGGUUUGCCCGGAAUAAAAGGAGAGCGUGGAAUUGCCGGCUUAUCGGGUGCUCCCGGAAUGAAAGGACUGAAGGGAUCGUCGGGAUAUCCCGGUCCUCCCGGAUCAUCGGGCGGCGAUUACUUAAUGGGAAUACUUCUGGUCCGUCACAGCCAGUCGGCCGCCGCACCUGAAUGUCCGCAAAAUAUGGAUAAAAUAUGGGACGGAUAUAGUCUUCUAUACAUUGAGGGCAAUGAAAAGGCACACAAUCAAGAUCUCGGCUUUGCUGGUUCUUGUCUGCGAAGAUUCAGUACAAUGCCAUUCCUGUUCUGUGACUUCAAUAGUGUUUGCAACUAUGCCUCGAGAAACGACAAAUCCUAUUGGCUGUCGACCAACGCUCCGAUCCCAAUGAUGCCGGUCGGAGAGGAGGCCAUCAGACAAUAUAUAAGCCGAUGUGUUGUGUGCGAAGCGCCGGCAAAUGUAAUCGCAGUCCACAGUCAGUCACUCGAUAUUCCCGACUGUCCUCAGAGUUGGACAUCACUCUGGAUUGGGUAUAGUUUUGCAAUGCACACGGCUGCGGGCGCUGAAGGCGGGGGUCAGUCGUUGUCGAGUCCGGGCAGUUGUUUGGAGGACUUCCGGGCGACGCCGUUCAUAGAGUGCAACGGCGCGCGCGGGACCUGUCAUUACUUCGCCAAUAAGUUUAGUUUCUGGUUAACAACAGUCGAGACUCAGUCCCAGUUUGAACGACCCAUCAGUGAAACACUAAAAGCCGGUAAUCUUAGGACAAAAGUGAGCCGAUGUUCGGUUUGCAUUAAGAACACCAGUUUCUGAUCACAUGUAAAUCUCUAGUGUUUUUAGUUAAUUAAAGCCUUUACACAACUUUUUAAUCAAAUUAUAGCAAAAAGAUUUUAUUAUAAUUAUUUGUACAGGAAUUUAAACAAAAGCUUUUGUAAUUUUUAUUCAUUUUAAUUGACGCCUAAUUUAAUCACAAAUACAAAAAACCAAUUAUUGUUGUUAUAAACACCACAAACCGUUAUAGCAUUCAAACAGUGCCUUCGGUUUCACUUUAAAUCCGAUUUUCAAAGAUUUGACAGAUUUUUAGUGAUUUUAUUGUUAAAACAAUCAGUCAUUUACAAAACAAACAAUUUUAUUUAUUAAUUUUGUAAUGAGUUUUAAUUAUUAUAUUUAAAACAAAUCAAAACCGAGUGAUAUUGUUUAGAAAAAACAAAGCUUUAAAAUAUAUAUAUAAAUAUCAAAUCCCUGUGAAAAAUCACUGCCGGAUAGGAAUCACUGCCAAAACCGGUCAGAUAUUUAUUAAUUGUUAUGUAAUAUAAUUCGCAUUUCUUUUCAAUGAUAUUUCACUGCCAUUUAAACAACUGAUAAAGUUUUGAGUUAUACUUAUAUAACAAAAGACUAGUCGUCUCAUCGAAAUCAAAACUCCAUUCCUAACAAUACUUUUGUUGCUUAGAAAUUAUACGAUUAAAUAAAUUGCAAAAAAUGUUUUAAC